UGUCGUGCUGCCAUUAGUUGAAUAAGGUUUGAGUCUGUGUUAUAAAAGGCUACAACUUACCACCACCCAUCUCUCUCUCUCUUGAAGUAGACUCUAGGCCACCGUCAGAUCUAAGAUCUCAUCUCUCAGUUCCAAGCCAUGGCCGAGAAGGGCAAGGAGAAGGUAACUAUGAUGAAGUUGAAGGUGGAUCUUGAGUGUGCCAAGUGUUACAAGAAGGUCAAGAAGGUUCUUUGCAAAUUCCCUCAAAUCAGAGACCAAGUGUUUGAUGAGAAGUCCAACAUAGUCAUCAUCAAGGUGGUUUGCUGCAGCCCUGAGAAGAUCAUGGACAAACUCUGUUCUAAAGGUGGCGGCUCUAUCAAGACUAUCGAGAUCGUCCAGCCACCCAAGCCGCCUCAGGCUCAGCCUCAGCCACAAGCUCAGCCUCCUCCCCAAAAGCCCAAAGAUGCUCCCAAAGCCGCCGAGAAGCCUAAGGAGGGCGAGAAGCCUAAGCAACCUGAAAAGCCCAAGGAGUCUGGAAAGCCGAAGGAAGCUGAGAAGCCUAAGCAAGCAGAGAAGCCCAAAGAAGCCGACAAACCCGCAGCGCCUAAAGCCGCACCAGCUCCUGCACAGGGACAGGCGCCUGCUGCAGCCCCAAAGCAGGCUGGACCACCACCACAAGCGAUGCCGAUGAUGACACAUGGGCAGCCAGUAGCGAUGUGUUAUGGGCCAUACUAUGAUGGUUUUGGAGGUGGGCCAGCGUUCAGUGGAUACGGAAUGCCUCCGCAGCCGCAACAGUACGAGACUUAUGGCCGACCUGUGUAUGACAGCUGGGGAGGAGGACCACCACCUAGUUACCGACAAUGCAACCUCAAUAGAUGCGAUUACUUCAGCGAAGAGAAUCCACAAAGCUGCUCCAUCAUGUGAUAUGAGUUAUUCCCCUUUAUUCACUCUCUUUGAAUCUUGAUACAAAUAAUGAAAAGAAUAUAUAGAGAGAUGUUUACGUGUAAUCUUGUGAUAGGGUCCAUAAGGAAGGAUCGUUGUAUUUUGUAAACAUUAUAAGAAAACUGUUUCAUUUUCUUAAAUAUGAAUCAAGAAUAAUAGUA